CAUUACGAGUUAAAUAUUUAUAGCAUUUCAUUUUCGUAAUUUAUAUAAGUAUAUGUAACGGUUAACUGCGCAACAAUGUCCCAUAAACAUGAGCAGAAGCAGGAUCGACAUCAGAUCACUUGGUCUUGGACGAGCAAUGACAGAUUUUACAACAAUAAAGAAUAACGGUUUCAUCAUUUUUACCUUUCACAAACGCGUUUUCACAUUCCCUUCGACUUUCGAUAGUAGUCCGUGUCGUGUCAACGAAAAGGCGCGCGCGUGAGGUAAUACAUACAUACAUACAAGUCAAUGCCGAUUUUCAUAAAAACAACUUUAUUAUGGAUGGAUUGGCGGAACAGGAAAUAUGGUAGCAGUGAAGAUAAAACCGUAGACAUUCUCAUUGGUCCCAACCCAAGUAGUUCCAAGUUCGAGAGCCCCUGCAAUAAUCGCAACGCGCAUCGUCGAUGUUAAUUCGUAUGGAUUCGUAUUUCGUGACGGUAUUUUCGGGAAUAAAAGUCAAUUUUUGCUGUUUGAGGUCUAUUUAAAUAUAAACGUUGAUCUCAGCCAGCUGAAGUAAUCGCGAAUAUACAGGAAUGUUUAGGAUGCGGUAUGUUGACCGACGACGACGACGACGAGUGAUCCGUUAACCGUGAUAAACCGUUCGAACCUAAACGUCGAAAGACCAUUUGCUACCAUUAAUUGACAUUAUUAUACUCGUGCAACGUAAGAAUGAAUCUUCGCUCGUGACACGUUCAAAGAACUUAAUUGAAAAGAGUCCGAGCGGCGUAUUUGGUUGUCGCGCACGAUCGUGUCGGGAUGGGAUUUUCCUCGAGCUUGCAAGGGCAGUCUUCGCACGAGGCGUUACUAGCUCGUCAGGAUGCCGAGAUCAAGCUACUCGAAACGAUGAGACGGUGCCUGACGAUUAAAGUCAAGUCGGAUCGCGAGUAUGCUUCGACGAUCGCCUCUCUGACGACGCAAGGGAAAAAGAUCGAGCGUAACGAGGAUCUCGUCGGUAGCCUGAUAGCCCAGAGUUGGAAGGACAUUAUGGACUCUAUCGAUCAAACCGCCAAAUUGAUCAAGCAGCAGGCAGAUUCGAUAGAAAGCAUAGUGAUCGAACAUGUCACGACGCUAUGUUCCGAAAGAAGGAGAGCCAGAAAACUGUAUCAGGAAGAACAGACAUGGUUGAAUAAUCAGUUUCAACAGUUAACAGAAGAAGUUGCCAGGAAGAAGAUGGAGUAUCAGAAGAAUCUGGAGAUGUACAAGUUAAUGAGAUCUCGUUUCGAAGAACAUUACAUAAAAUCUGGCAGAGUCGGCAGAAAGUUGGACGAAGUAAGAGAGAAAUAUCAAAAAGCCUGCAGAAAAUUGCAUCUUACUCACAACGAAUACGUGUUGCUGUUGGGUGCCGUGACGGAGUGUGAACACGAUCUAAGAACUUGUUAUUUACCAAGUCUGCUUCACAGACAACAGACGAUUCAGCAAGAGUUUGUAACUUCGUGGAAAACCAUACUUCAGGAUAUAGUGAAGUAUUCUGAUUUUACGACAGAUCAAUUUCAAGAGAUACACCAACGAAUGCAGAAGGCUGUAGAUUGUGUGAAACCCGUAGACGAAUACAGGGACUUUAUAGGAAAGCACAGAACGCGGCCAACGUCACCGAUCAGGUUUACUUUCGACGAGAAUCUUGUAGACGAUACUUCGGGGAAAUUAUUGCCAAAUAAAUUGACGGUAGAUAAUUUGACCAUCGAUUGGCUGCGGAAUCGGUUAACGGAAUUGGAAAACUUUUUGAAAGCCACGCAGCAGCAACAGAAUCGACAGAAUCCUCAAUAUCCUUUGGAAAAUAAUACCGAUUCCAAAACGUCAGGCUUGGACUAUUCUCGCGAGAGGGAAGAGUUACGGUUACGAUGUCACGAGAAAAAGCUUCAGCGGCAAGUCGAAGUGAUUCGAGCUGCAUUGAACGAGCUAGGAUGCGAGGAAUUGCCGCUCGGAUACGAUCUGUCAAUGGAAACUUCUUUCACCGAUUCACCCUCUAUGAGCAGUAGCAAGAAAAAUGCGGCAGAUAUCGGUUUCUUUACCGUACGAAGGAAUCAACGAUUCAUGACAAUAUUUAAAUCACCCUUCAAAUCGUUACCCGUUAUGAUGACGAUACAAAAUGGUACAAAAGUUGGAACGGUUAGAUCGAAUAGCGAAGGUCCUGCUUCGAACGCGGAUAACAUUCUACCAGUUGUACCGUUUCGUGGAAUUUCAAACUUGACGGCUAAUCAAAAGGGAAACGGCGAUCUUAUGGAAGAGGAAUGGUUUCAUGGCGUAUUGCCGAGAGAAGAAGUCGUGAGAUUACUCGUGACCGAAGGGGAUUUUUUAGUACGAGAAACGACUAGAAACGACGAGUGCCAAAUAGUUUUAUCAGUUUGCUGGGAUGGACAUAAACAUUUUAUCGUGCAGACCACCCCCGAGGGACAUUACAGAUUCGAAGGUCCCACGUUUCCGUCGAUUCAAGAAUUGAUCAGGCAUCAAUGGUUAUCAGGUUUACCAGUGACCAGUCGAUCCGGAGCCAUCCUCAAGACACCGAUUCCACGCGAACGUUGGGAACUCAACAACGACGAUGUGAUCCUUCUGGAUAAGAUUGGACGGGGCAACUUCGGAGAUGUGUACAAAGCGCAGUUGAAGACUUGUAAGACCGAAGUAGCCGUGAAAACUUGCAAAGUAACGUUACCGGACGAACAAAAGCGUAAAUUUUUACAAGAAGGACGAAUAUUAAAACAGUACGAUCAUCCGAACAUAGUUAAACUCAUCGGGAUUUGUGUUCAGAAGCAGCCCAUUAUGAUCGUGAUGGAACUGGUACCCGGUGGUUCCUUGUUACCAUACUUGAGAAAGAAUGCCAGCGGUAUCACGCAACAGGAACAGCUUCGAAUGUGCAAAGAUGCGGCUGCAGGUAUGCGCUACUUGGAGUCCAAAUAUUGCAUUCACAGAGACUUGGCCGCGCGGAAUUGUCUCGUAGGAUACGAAUCAAUAGUAAAGAUAUCAGAUUUUGGAAUGUCACGUGAGGAGGAAGAGUAUAUAGUUUCGGAUGGUAUGAAACAGAUUCCGAUCAAAUGGACUGCACCGGAGGCGUUGAAUUUUGGCAAAUAUACGUCGCUUUGCGACGUAUGGAGUUACGGAGUUUUAAUGUGGGAGAUAUUUUCUAAAGGCGGUAAUCCGUAUAGCGGAAUGUCGAACUCUCAGGCUCGCGAGAAGAUCGACGCAGGGUAUCGAAUGCCGGCACCGGAAAACACACCCGACGAGAUAUACCGUUUGAUGUUACGGUGUUGGGAAUACGAGCCGGAGAAACGUCCGCAUUUCGACCAGAUCUAUACGGUCGUCGAGACGCUGUCUCAAGCGUAUUUAUAA